GCCUUUUGUGAAAACGGGUAAACAAACGCUGUAUUUAUCUUUCAUAAAACUAUCGUUUUACAUUUGACAAGAACUUUAUGCGCAUAUUGAAAAAUAGUGGGUUUUUGGUUUAUAUAAAAGCUACAAGUUCUAAUUAAUUAAAAUUUUUUCCCAACAACGCAGACUCUUUCGAGCUUUUCUGAGCGCGUUUCAACUUGCAUCAUGAACGAAGAAAACAACAAGCUGAUUGACAAGGUAUUUAGCAGCUACGAUGAAAAUGCCAAAGGUUUUCUAACCCAGCUAGAAAUAAAAUUUGCAAUUUGUUCACUUUUUGGUUACAAGCCAUCAAAAUAUGAAGUUAAUAGUCUUAUAGAACGAUAUGGGAGUGAUCAUGAAACAGGUUUAAACAAGAAUGGGUUUAGAAAUGCUGUACUUGUUAAAUUUAAAGAAUUUAGCGAAGAUGAAAAUAUUAGACAAUCUUUCCUUUGUUUCGACGAUGCUAGAAGGGGAUUUUUGACUUUGGACCAAGUUUAUUCUAUAUUUGUUAAAGUAGCGCCAAACCUAAACAAGCGAUUAGUAGAAAAUGCUUUCAGACAUAUAGAUAGUGAUGGAGACGGACGUGUAACAUAUAACGACUUUGAGUCGAUGAUGAAAUGUGCUAGAUAG